AUGGCAACAGUAAGCAGCGUGCCUAGGGCCCCUCCGCCCAGUAGCUUGAGCGCAAUCUAUACAGCUCUCGAUCCACACUUGCCCGAGAUUCGGGUGCUGAAGCUGCUGCCUUCAUCGAGCUUCGACGCCCCGCUAGAGUGUCGACUGGUUCAUCGAAGUCUGUACGGCGAUGCUCAUGGGUACGAAGCCUUGUCAUAUGUAUGGGGAGACCCGAAACUUACUGCGGAGAUCACUCUGAACAAUGAGCCGUACUUCAUUACACCGAAUCUUGAGAUGGCUAUGCGUUAUCUGAGGCGCCCAUCUGUCGAGCGCACACUCUGGGUCGACGCGCUAUGCAUCAACCAACAUGACCUCGUGGAGCGCAGCCAGCAGGUCCUCCUCAUGAAAGACAUCUACGCUCGUUGCACGGUCGAUCUUGCCUGGAUGCCGGAUGAACACGUAUCAAGAUUCUUUUCGGCACGGAUUGCUGAACUUCAAAGAGCCUUUGAGCUAAUGAAGAGAAUCAGUUUCAAGGAUGCAGAGACCUUAGCCAAGAUGCGUGAUGGGCCAACGCUUGCACACAUUCGAGCCCCUCCACAUGGGGCUUUCCUUCUGAGUGUUGAGGAACAAGAAGAACUCAUCGCGGCUUUCGGCUACACGGACAUCUGGCACCGCAUCUGGACCAUGCAGGAACUUGCAUAUGCGCCGCAGGUGAGGUUGGUGGCGGGUCCUCAUGAAUUAGAUUGGGCUGUGGUGGACGCAUUCCUCGGGGACAGACCCUACGCCGACGCCUUCCAUGCGGCUUUCGGCCAUCGAGGGGGCGGCAGAGCUCUUGAUCUCUUCUUUUCGGGAGCCGUGAGGGUGCACGAUCAACGGCGAUCUCUGUGCGACGGAAACUACAAGUCAAAUCUUCUGGACGUCCUCGCUCGGUUCCAGCAAAAUGGGGCUUCUGACCCGAGAGACUGCGUGUAUGGCAUCUUGGGCUUAGUUACAGACCAGCACGACAUUGUUGUUGAUUACAAUAAAUCAGCUAAGCAAGUCUUCGUGGACACAGCGGUCUCACUCAUCAACGCCUCGCAAAACCUCGACAUUCUUUGUCAGACGGCCUGGAUGUCUCGCUCUCGCUCUGAGAAUCCGCACGAGCUACCCAGCUGGGUGCCUGACUUCUCUGCCCGGAUCUAUUCUGACGCACACAAGGCAACUCUUUUCGCGCAGCGCAAUAUUUAUGCAGCUGGUCGGACAUGUCUGGGCACUCCAUGCCAUCCUAUCAACAACCAAUUCUUGCCCGUCAAAGCAGUGGUUCUCGGUUGCUUUCCCGGUGACGAAACCACACAAGGAAAUCGGGAAACCUUAGACUCGGUCGAACAAUUUCGCAAGUGGCUGGGAGAUGAGUGUUUCGAUGUCAAGGACCUCAUAUGGCCCGUAUUUGGAGCACCCUUUGAGUGGCUGGAGACCUCUGGACUCGGAGUCGGCAUAUUGAACGAUGAAAUUCAAUAUAGAAACACUGGCGAAAGUGCAGUCCGAGCAUAUUGGCGCACACUGGUCAUGGAUUGCGGUGCCUAUCCCAUCAAACGACUCGAAAAACAAGAAUUGCUGCAGACCGAUGUCGCUUUUAGAAACAUUCUGGGGUUUUCAAAGAACAAACUCGGAGGUUCAGAAUUGGAGGAAGCUCAUGAAAGGCCUACGGACACGAAAGAAUCUCGCAAGCACUUAAUAACGAGUGGAGACGAUGAGGUGUCUAAUGAGACUUUGAUUGGCCUCUGGGAAAGUAUGCCAAAAACGGCAUCGACGAUGUGGUGUCGAAAUUACCAGACUUGGAAGUUCUCGGUGACGGAUAACGGCCUGUACACAAUGGUUCAAGGUACAAUGGCUGGUGAUACGAUCGUCUCCGUCGAGGGAGCCAAAGUGCCCUUGGUAUUGCGCAAACUAGGAAGUCACGAUGGCGUCAAAACAUACAGCCUUGUAGGGACAGCUUAUGUACACGGAUAUAUGGACGGGGAGGCCAUGGACUUGGUGAAAGAAGGGGCACUGCACGAGGAGGAGAUCCUUUUCCGAUGA